AUGGAGGUGGUGUGGAAUGAACUACUAUCCUCGACCGACUCUUCGUCGGUUGAUCUGAGUGCCUCCCGGGUGCCGUCGAUCAUCAUAUGCAAUACGGUUCUCCUUGUCAUCGCGACCAGUGGGCUGCUGGUGCGUCUGUUCGUGCGAGUUCGAUACCUCUCGGGGAUCAACUUGGAUGAUCUUAUGUGUAUAUUCAGCUGGGUUUUUACCUUCGUUCUCUGCUUUGUUUGUAUCUGGAUGACCCGAUAUGGCUAUGGCAGGCACAUCAAGACGGUGACAAGUGCUGAGGUGGAGAUGUUCCUCAAGCUCGACUUCGUCACUAUGAUCGCCUACCUUCUCGCCCUCGGCACCGUCAAGGUCUCCUUCUGCCUGCUUUAUCUGCAAAUAUUCCCCGGAAAGCGGUUUCGGAUCGCCUGCUGGAGCUUGCUCGGCCUGCUCACCGCUGAGACAACCGAGGAGAUUUUCGUGGUGAUUUUCCAAUGCUCACCUGUCUCCAAGGCCUGGGAUGCGAGUGGCACCGUGCAGGGCAAGUGCCUGAAUCUGACAGCCUUCUACUACAUCUCCUUUGGGAUCAAACUGGGGACUGACCUGGCCCUCUUUGCCCUACCGCUCCCAAAACUGAUGCGAUUGAAUAUGACGAUGGCCAAGAAAGGCGGUUUGAUUGUGAUGUUUGGCCUGGGGGUUCUAGUCUGUGUGACAAGCAUCAUCCGCGUAACCUACAUCAGCAACUUCUCCGAUGACCACACAUGGACGCUGGUCAACACCAUGAACUGGUCCAGCGUGGAGGUAGCAGUAGCCAUCUUCAUCGCAUGCAUUCCCUCUUUUAAAUCAUUGAUCACCUUCCGCUUCCCCACACUGCAGCGGCUGCUCGGCUUAUCCAGCAAGGGCGACUCUACUGGCCGGUCAAAAAUGUACGGCUCAUCAACUCGCUGGACUGGAAAUGGUCGGUCCAUCAUUGGGCAACAUAGCAUCAAGCUGAAGCCCAUGAAUUAUCUACUAUCGCAGAGUCGGACAGACGUCGAAGCAAGUCGCAAUGGAUCUGAGGAUCACAUCAUCUCCCCCACCCGAGCAGGCAUCCAGGUCACUACGGACGUGACUGUGGAUGCAAGUGAAUAA